AUGAUGAUGGGGGGGACGUGGCUUGUUUGUAGGCUGGCUGGGUGGGUUCCCAUUCUUCUACUUCUUGUUUGCUGUGCUCCCGGGGACUUGAGGCAUUCUGCCCGGACAACUUUUCGGUUCAUUUUUGACCCCAUUGAGUUGGGCCGAAUCGCGAGAGAAAGAGAGUUUGUUUUGGGCGGCUCUUUUGGGCACUUCGUUGCCCAGCGGACCAAGACGUUCAGAAUCAGCCCUGGUCGCAAUCGUCAUUCCCAUGCGAGCAAACUAUUCAGCCCUCUCGUUUGUGAGACAAUCUUUUUCUCUUCCUGGGAUCCUGGGAUCAAUGAUAGCCCAGAAUAUCAUAUACAGUACUGGUCCGCGCCAAUAGAUCCACGUGUCUUCCCUUUUCCGAUCUCACCUUCGUCCCGAAGGCCAUAA